GGAACAACCACUUUUCUCAUCCCGCAUUGUGGACCCCGGCCUAUCGGUUGAUAUAAGGCCCGUGGGUCACAAGCGACAUACUCCCUCCCUCCUCCAUCAUGUUCGCCAGGUUGCGACCCCUUCUUCUCCUCCCGACCCUUGUCGCAGCCGUAGAUAGGGGUCUCUUCACCUCGUCCGUCACGUAUUGCGAACCCCCCGAAACGCUCCUCGUCCAGCAAUUCGACAUCAAGUACACCACCGCCAACCAAUCCAUAACCUUUGACAUUUCCGCCGCUAGUGUCCAAGCCAAUGUCAGCGUCUCCGCAAACGUGUUGGUCAUGGUGUAUGGCAUCAAGCUGCUCAACACCACCAUUGACCUGUGCAGUAUCCUUGCGGGGGCCUUGUGUCCACUCCCUAUGUAUAAUUUCGUGGGGUCAGAUUCCAUAUCCCUCCCCGAAAAUCUCGGUGUGGUGAAUAAGAUUCCUUCGAUCGCUUUUGGCAUUCCCGACCUCGAAGCAUAUGCCCAGCUAAAGCUCGUCGAGGUUGGCACGGGGAAUAUCAAAGCCUGCGUCCAGGCGACCCUGUCAAAUGGAUGGUCUACGCAUCAGGAAAGCGUUUCAUGGGCGACCGCGGCCCUUGCAUUCUUCGCAUUGCUUGUUGGAGCCUGGCAGUCCGCGCGCACGGUCUACGGUGUGGUGCCAUACCGAUUUGUCGAGCUGCUCCACCUUUAUCAAACCAUCGCCACCACGGCUCUCUUGAGCAUCAACUUUCCCACCCUCUACCGCGCGUACGGGCUCAAUUUCGCGUGGGCCAUGGGUCUUAUCAGCUCCCCGCAUUCCAAAUUGCAGACCUCGAUCGACAACAUGCGCGCGUUGACGGGGGGCAGCCUUGCCAAUUCCUCGUCAGGCUCUGCGGUAGGGUUUGUCGAUCGGAAGCUGAGUCCGUGGAACACUGCUCUGACCCAGCCUUCGACGGGGUUCUCCACUUCGUUGGCGCAAUCUUUCUUUGCAACCGGGCCUCUUGAGUCCAACUUCUCGCUGUCACAAAUCUCGCUGAGCCAAGUACGCCAGCCGCCUGUGAGCACCGCUGUCGUCAACGAGGUCCAGACUGUCACGGACAGCUCGGCCAAUGUUCUGAAAGCGGGCUUACCGAUCUACGUCAACUCGAUCCACAUUGGGACCGCGAACACAUUCAUGACCACAUUUCUCGUCACCCUCGUCAUCAUCGCCAUCUUCAUUGCUGUGGCAGGCAUUCUGUUUGGUGUCGUGGUUACUGCACGUCGGUCGCGAUGGGGCGGCAAGUCUCUGAGAAUGUGGUACAUUCCGUACGUGCGAUCAUGGGCUCUGCGGGUGGCGCUCGUUCUCAUUGCCCCGAUCUCGCUCUUUGCGCUCUACCAGUGGUCUUUGAAAGACUCCUGGCUAUCUAUUCUGCUCUCUGUGCUGACCUUCCUGGGAAUCUGGGCGUUUGUGCUGCACGCGGCAUUCCGAACGCUGAGACUAGCCCGAAGGGAAACAUCAGAAGCACUAGAAAGCGACCAAGCACACCUAGACUCGCACACGUCUCUCUACGCACAGUACCGCACGGCCCGGUACUACUUCUUCCUCCUGUUCCUCGGCUCGACACUCGUCAAGGCGAUCGUACUGUCUGCUGCGCAGGACAACGGCCUCGCGCAGGUGGUGCUGUUCCUGAUCGUCGAGUUGGCCGUACUCGUCGCGAACAUCAUUCUGAAGCCAUACCGGACCCGCGGCGGGGACGUGUUCUCGACAUUCCUUGCCGUCGUGCGCGUCGUCUGCACGGGGCUGAUGCUGGCGUUCGUUGAAUCGAUCAACGUCGCCGCGAUCCCCCGAGUUGCCAUCGGGGCCGUAGCACUUGUGAUCUUCUCUGUGGCGGUGCUCAUUGUCGCCGUCAACAUCUUCCUGCACUCGGGCAUCUCGUGGCUCUGGCGUCACAGGAACGCAAGGUCGAGGAUGGCCUUGUCGUCGAGCUCGUCGCUAGACGGGGAGAAGGCCCAGAUGGAGUCGCCGAACCGGAUAGACUCGGAGUCGGCGAGCGUGCAGGGGUCUGUGCCGCGCUCUGAGGCGGGACUGAUGCAGAGGGACCACCGAUGAUGAUAUGGCAAGAUGUACGACCACGGACACUACUCACGACUGUUAAAUAGAUAUAGACACCACAACACACUCACUCGUUAGCAAAAGUUCUCUCUAAUUGCCCAUGUAUUAUCAGCAUUUGUACUUAUUUUCCGCAUCGUACACAGACCAGACAUGGAAUACCGACGUCAUGUCAGAAGCUGCGCUAACUUGGCGGAAGCCGCGACGUGCUAAAUUGACUGUGCUGAAGCUGGUUUGCCAUUUAUGUUUUUUUUUCGCAAGGUUUCUCUCUGGUCACACAAGCUCCAGAGCUCCAAAGCUUCAAGCUUCAAGCCUCGCGCCUCGCGCCUCGCGUAAUCUUUCUAGCUCAUUGAUCUCAUUCUGGAUUGCUCGCUGUGCCCAUUUCCCACGAGCCCGGACGACUGAACUACGGGAAAUACGCGCUACAUAAUUGACACAUAAUGAACCCACACUGCUUCUGCUCGGCCCAGCGCUCCCGGCCAGGAAGUUCAUUUAUGUAUGUAACUAGUGGCGUGCCUCGGAGCCUCCUUGUUUUCGCCGCACCUCCACCUCUUGCUCUUAUUUCCUCCCUGCUCUGCAACGAUGGGCCCGCAUACCCACCAUACGACUACGCCGACCCAGCCACGCACAGAAACGCAACCGCGCGAAACGCAUAUCUCUGCCAAGGCCCUCACGACUCUCCCGUUCCGUCUGUGUCACCCGCCGCCGCCGGUGGCCAAAACGAGCCGGACGUACGGUGUUGCGCCGGCACUCCAAGUCUGCCUCGACGAUGUAUUGGAGCGCAGACAUCUGCCGCCAUUGGGUCUGAAGGAUUUCGAGGUACGAAUGUUGAUAUCCGAACAUCACACGACGACCAAAACCCCUCCCUCCCAGGAAUGGCUCCUGUACUGUGAAGACUCCGUGGAGAACCUGUACUUCAUCCUGUGGCUGAAAGAGUACACGAUCAAGCAUGCGAACUGGACGGCGGUGCGAACGGACAUGGAGCGGGGCGCAAGCGACUACCACCACUGGCCGCUGCUCUCGUCCUCGCACCUGGCGCUUUUCUACGCACGAGCGAAACAGACGUUCUUCACGCCCAACGGGGCGUACGAGCUGCAGCUGCCGUCGGCCCUGCUCGCGCCGUUCCACAGCGUCAGCGCACCGGCGCACCCGGACCCAGCGUUGUUCGCGCCGCUGGCUGUGGAGAUCCGACGACAUCUUGACGCGAGUCUCGGGCGGUUUGUGCGGGCAGCAUGCUCAAACGUGGGGAGCCGGCGGGCACGGUGCGGGAUCGUUGCGGGCUGCACCUUCACGACUCUGCUCGGCGCAGCGCCGCUUGCAUGCGCACUGGCGACGGGCGCGCCGCGCUGGGUGCGCCUGUGCGCGUUUCCGGGGCUCUUCGUCGGGCUCGCGGUGCUCCUUGCAAGUCUCCAUGGCGUGUGUGUUGGGGUGUAUGUAUUCGGGGAUCUGCGGCAGUUGCGUGCGUUUGAGCUCACACGUCCGGCGAUUUCGCGGCCGUGUGCGAUAGAGGGACCCAGGGUGCAACCGCCGGUGCAGGCGCAUGUGCGCAGUGUCUCGGUGGGCACUUACGCGUCGUCGUCGCUAUCGUCGCUGUCCGAUGGUUCAGACGAUACGGCGAUCCAUAUUUCACCUGCAUAUAUUGACCUGGAUCCUGUUGAAGGCCCAGCAACGAGUCCAUUGGAGACCGAACAUGUGCCGAGCAAGCCAUCCGACCCACUGACGACAACGACAGCGUCGUUCAUUCACCCGUUCGACGAGUACCCAGCAGACGACCCUCAGUUCGGUGGACCGCCACGGAUCUCAGCGCAGGACCGUCAGCAUCUUGCUGCGUUUGACUUCGACGCGCUGCCGGGUGCAAAAGCUUUGAUUGGACGGAUGCAGGCCAAGUGUAGCCCCAGCCGGGUAUCGGCCGUGCCCGCGUUCGCAGUACCGUUGACGCCAGUGCUAAGCUCGGUGAUUGUUCGCGGGCAGUGGGAGAUCGUGGUGCGGUCAGGACUAAUUGCGUUCGUGCUGGCGAUGAUAAUUUGCGGGGGACUAGUUGCUAUAUAA